AAAUACUGCAGAAUAAUAUACAUUUCCAAGUCCAAACGUUCCAGUCGUUGCAUUAAUAAAAUAUAUUAAUGCGUUAUCCAAGUUGUUUACUAAAUGUAGCACAGCUAACUGUUGGUUGUAGGGCUAGUUAGCUUGUUCCUUCGUCACGCACUUGCCAUAACUACACGGUUAGCUAAUUUAGGUCGCUAGUUGGUGUUUUUUUUAAGUAUUACAAUUAUUUUAUGCUGUUGGUGAGGGUAUACUUUUCUCAGCAAGUCCCAAAAUAACUAGCUACCUACGUUAUAUUAUGGAAAGUGGGUUGCUUGCUAGCGUCUUCUAGGCUAAACUUCCGGCGUAACUAGCUAGCGAGCCAGCAUACUAAUUUAGCCAGCUAGCUAAUGACAUGAGAUUACUCAAUCGUGCUUCCCUAAACCCAGUUAACGCACUGCAUUUACAUAUAGGUAGGUGUCCAAUGUCACUUUAUUAUUGCCUUUCAAAUGCAUUGCUUGCAUAGUGAACUGUUUCUAGCAACACCACCAUUACCUGCUUGGUUUGAACUGUUCGCUAACGAACUAACAUAGCAUCUCAGCUGAGAGCACGAUGAGCCCUCCCUCGGAAGUGAGCAUGCGCAUAAUGUCUUGUAAACAAUGAGACGAUUCCAGACGGUCUUGAUUUGAGCAUUGUAACAGUUUAUCCUAGCUGAAUAUUAAAAUACAUUUCAGAUCAUGAACGAUAAGCAGUUAAGAUGAUGUCUGGUAGCCUAGCUGAAGCAUGGAGGCGGUUCUGAGCAGGCUGAGAGGGCUGAGUGCAGACGAGCUGCGAGAGGAGUUCACAAGGGCCGACCUCAAGUGCGGCCCAAUCACGGCCACCACCCGUGCCAUCUUCGAGAGGAAGUUGGCCCGCGUCCUGGCGGGAGCCAAGGGCAGCAGCAGCGCCACAGAGACGGACAGCAGCAGUAAUGCCACCACUACAGGCCCAGCCACAAGCAGUAGUGCAGCGGCGGCCAGUGAUGCAGAGCAGGCCAAACCAGUGCCGUCAUGUGCUACAUCAGUAGCGACUGGCACUGACUCUCCUAAGGCUGUCAGUGAUGAGAUGGACUUUGGUUACGGAAUGGGGCUCAAUCCCCCAGAGGAAGAGGAACUUGGCCUGACAGUGAAGUCAAGGGCCCCUUUUAAUAUCAAUAGGGAAGACACUGGCUCUCAGUCUACAGCAGAGACUCCUUCAAAGAUGGCCCAAGUGUCACCAAUGUUCUAUGGAGUGUGUCCGUUAUGGGAGGAUGUCUUGGCUAGAAAUGAUAGGGCCCACGUGUAUGGUGAUAAGAAGGAGGCUCUUCAGGCUGUGAAGAUGAUGAAAGGAGCUCGCUUUAAAGCCUUUGCCAAUCGAGACGAUGCUGAGAAAUUUGCCAAGGGAAUCUGUGACUAUUACCCCUCUCCUAGUAAAUCCACCCCAUGUGUCUCCCCUGUCAAACCAGGCCUGGUCUUCUGCAAGGACAACGUCCCUGUCAUGGAGGCAGACACCAUCAACAGGGAGAGGGCCAACAGCUUCAAGAGCCCUCGCUGCCAGGAUCUGACAGCCAAGCUGAGGAAGGCUGUGGAGAAGGGGGAUGAGGUAGCCUUCAGUGAGCUGGUCUGGAGCAACCCACGCUAUCUCAUUGGCUCUGGAGACAACCCCACUGUUGUGCAGGAGGGGUGCCGGUACAACGUGAUGCACGUGGCAGCAAAGGAGAAUCAGCCGGGUGUUGCCCAGCUCCUGCUGGAAACUCUAGAGAAUCCUGACUUCAUGAGGCUCAUGUACCCAGAUGACCUGGAGGCCAUGCUGCAGAAACGCAUCCGUUACAUCAUAGACCUUUACCUCAAUACUCCAGACAAAGCUGGCUUUGAGACACCACUCCACUUUGCAUGUAAGUUUGGUUGUCCAGAAGUGGUGAAUGUCCUGUGUUCACAUCCUGAUACUGAUAAAAACUGCAAGAACAAGUACGACCAGAAGCCAUCUGAUGUUAUUUGUGAAAGAAAAAACAAAACCCAAGAGGUGAAACAGAAGAUAUGUGACUAUUUGGAAGAUCGCUGUUAUAUACCCUUACUGAGGGCCACAGACAACUCUUCCCAGCCUGUCAUUGGUGCUCCCUGGUCACCUGAGCCAUCAGAAACUCUUCCUCAUUCGCUGGCUCCCAGGCUCAUACGAAGUCCCAUGGAUCCAGUGAUGUCAGUUAGGGCAUUCGUUGGCCCACUCAGCCCAUCUAAGGCAGAURAGUUCCGCCGGAUAUGGAAGACACCCCCAAGAGAUAGGGCGGUGCACUUCCAGCACAUCCUGAAGUCUGACCCUGACCGUGGAGCAGAGAAAGUGGGCAGAGACCUUGCCAGAGAGCUGGGCCACCCCUGGGCUGAGUACUGGGAUUUCCUGGACAGUUUUACAGACCUGUCUUCUGCAGACGGCCUCCGGAAGCUGGAGGAGUACCUCAACAAGAAGGACUUCAGUCAGCGUGCACACGAAGAGGCAGGGGAGAACGAAACCAGCAACCGCUUCAGAACCCCUUCCCCAGGCAAGCCCAAGAAGUUCUGCAACUCCAUCUCAGUGGGGGCCUUCCUGGACGAGGGUGAUGACAUCAGCCUGGAGGAGAUGAAGAACCGUCAGAACACGGCACUCACCAGCAUUACCUCCUUGGCGUGUUCUAAGGACAGUCUGGUGGGUGCUGUGGGCGGCCUGGGCCUCCGUGAGUUCCACAUCCUGCCCGAUGACCUCAUCGAGACAGCUGCCGAGCGAGACCUCCUGUGCUCCUCCGUGUCAGAGAGCCUCCUCUCACCCAUCUGCGACAACGGCCUGGGCCUGUGCCCCUCCACGGGGGCAGAGAGGACUCACAACGGGGAUAUGAUGUCCCCCCGCGCCUCCUCAUCUCCCUCCUGCGUGCUGUCGCCCAUCUCCAACUUGAUGGUGGAGUUUGAAAGGAUGUCCCUGCAGGAUGGGGUGGACAACCCCACCAGAGACAGGGAGAGGAGGAGGAGCGGGGGACACAGGCACGGUGGGCACAGGGAAGGACUCUCUCGGGACGACCUGGCAUCCGGGGUGGGCCGUCUCACGCUAGGGGGUGACACCAAUGAAGACUCAUUGUUUGAGAGAGGCUGUAGCUCAGAGGCCGGGGACAGGGAGGGGGGGGUGUGGAGGGGGACCUGUGUGAGCGGGGAGGUGCAGGGAGAGGUGGGUGUAGGGAUGGAGGACAGGGCCAGUGGUGGAAGCGGCAGCUCGGAGGAGUACUUUGUGGCUAAGGAGAGCUUGGAGGCUCUGGGCCCAAGGACUAGGGUGCUGGGGCCAGGGACCGUGUCAGGGCGCACACUCUGCGCCAGAUCUAAGUCGUGGGAUCACGGGGGGAGGGAUCUGAGCAGCUCAGGAUCAUCCAGCUCCUAUAAGUCCCUGGACAACUCCCAUGAGUUACUAGCACGGACCCCACCUCACAUCAGAAGAAGACUUUUCAUUGAAGGGGAUUCACCAACCAAGUUGGACAGAGAGGUCCUGUCGGCAGUAGAAGCCACAGACAUCGACCCCUCGAAGUUCCCCAGCAUUCAGAAAUGGAAAAGCACAAUGCAGACAUACACCUCAUCAGACAUGCAAAGCUGGCCCAGCUCUGCAGUGGUAAAAAACAGAUCCAGGGUACAUCAGGCCUCUCCCCUCACACACGGCUCUCCUGUCAGCGGCCUGGUGUCUGGUGGCCGCUUCAGUCCCGCCCGACACACAGGCUUUCCAGACUUCACCAACCCCAACCGCUACAGCCCUGCACAUGCCAGCUACAUCCAGCGCAUCGGCCUCAGGCACUUCAACGACCCCUAGCCAACUCCAAGCCCUGACCGAGACUAACCCCCCCUGGCCAGAAACAAUAGGCUACAGCCCUGCCACCACGGUGGUUAAAUAUGCCAGAGCUCAAAACCAUGUACCUAACAAAAUAUGCACAAGUGUCUUGAAGAUUUGUAUUAAUGAUGUAUGGUACUACUUCUAUAUAUUGCAUACAUACAAGAUUCUCAGUAUGUCGGGUCGUGAUGUACACUCACUUAAAAAAAAAAGAAAGAAACAGGUUUCCUUCAGUCUGUACUUUGUACUGUAUGAGUGUUGAAUUGACAAUUAAUAUUAUUCAUAGUAAGUGUGAAACACCUGUAUCAUAGCUCAGUCAACUUUUUUAAUAACCAGUAAUACAGCUGCACUCCCCAAAACAUUGAGUAGAUGUUCGUUAAACUUCAGAAUAGAAUCGUCGGUAAGAUUCACUUAACUGAAAAAAGCUGUUUUUAAGAAGUAAAAAGAAAUGUCAAUAUUGUAAAGUAAUUUUUUUUAAAUGUCAGUCAGUAGCACAAAACCAACUUUUAAUGUGUGUACUAAACCAACUGCCAGUUAUUUUGUUUCUUCUAAGUUCAGGAAUUGCCUUAAUUUUCUGAAACGAUGGACCAGUCAGUCUCCAUGCAGAAUUAGCCACAUCCUGUCCAGUUUGGUUAAAGUUGAUGCAUCCUGACAACAGCAUAGCAACCACCAUCGGACUGCAGCUCACCCAACAAAUGGCUCCAAAGCAAACACGGGGAAAAUGGUAAUACACUGAAGUUUUCCAUGUUUUUAUUUUGUUAUUUAAUUAAUAAAUAGAGAUGUGUUCAUUUUCCAGGUACCAAUGUUUUUGUGCAUCAUGUAAUUUCUGUGUUGUUUUCACACUUCUCUUUUAACGACUGUCGGCCUCACACAAUAGCUGAAAGGUAAUCUUCUUGAACUGUUCUUGGUUUUUCUAAAGGUGUCUGAGAGUAAUGCCAAGCUGUACAUAAGAGGUUACUGCAGAGUGCAACAAAGACAUGUUUACUCAUUUGUAAUCAAUGGCUUACUAAAUGUGAAUGUGCAAGAACCUGACGUAGCUAAACUCUAUGAAGAUAGUUAUCACCGUUAAAAUAAGGUCCAUUUACAAACUGCUGUAAAAAGAAUGGUCUGCCAGCCAGCAAAGAUGAAUAUAGAAAUCAACAGCUGUAAAUCCAAAUUGAAUAGGAAUCACCCUUACUAUAUAGAUUGUCACUCUUAGUAUGAGAGAUGUGAGUAAUAUUGAAUGUGAAUAAAAAAUCUUGAUUAAAGGCACCAACUUUUUCAUGGAGAGGAUUGUAUUGUCGUUCUCGUGUUCACAGGUGACACAGAUUUCGUUCUGGUCUCCAAAUUUUUUAUGAAUGUGGAGUUCUGCAAAUUGCACCUAAAUACUUAAACAUACUUAUUGUGCUUUGGCAUUCUGUGCUUCUUUAAAAAAGGAUAAAAAACAAUUUCAUUGUGAAUUUUCUCCUUUUCUGUGUGUCCAGAUCCUCAUUUGUUUUUGACUAAUCAAUAAAACAGUUUCCUCACCUUUGAA